CUGGUAUACGCGGUUUAGAUAAGAUUACGUCCAGUGCACAACAGUUUCGUGCCCGGUUAAGACGAUCCGUAUCGCAACGCGAAAACGUUGGGCUACGGUGCGAUAAUGUCGGACGGCGAGGCCGUCGAAUUCGGCUCGUGCAUCCUUACGCGCGCUACGCCAUGACGUCAGGCGUGGCUGCGAGGACCUGGCUCGUCGUCCUCGUCCUCGACGCGAUCGCGCUCGGCGCUCCGGGACGGUGCCCGUCGUUGUGCGUGUGCGAUACCUGGUACGAGUUGCUGCGCGCCUCGUGCACCGGACGCCAUCUUUAUAGCAUUCACACAGGUGCGCCGAGCAACGUGCAGGCCCUGGAUCUGUCGAAUAAUUCGAUAUCCAUUUUAAAUAACUACGAACUGGCAGAAGCGGGGCUGACGAGGCUUAAAUACCUCAAUCUGUCUGUAAAUGCAAUUAGCGAAAUUGGCUUAAACGCUUUUAAUGGAUUAUCCGAGUUGACGGUUUUGGAUCUAUCUCGAAAUCACCUUUACUAUCUCCUGUCGGAUAUUUUCGUGCCAGCAAAGAGUUUGCGAAUUCUACGAUUGUCAAAAAAUAAUUUCAAUUCUCACGUACCGAGACUGGAGUGCCCCUGGCUCACGGAUCUAACUUUGGAUUCGUGUCGAAUUAGCCAUGUACCGGUGGAUACAUUCAAUGGACUCUCAUAUCUUCGCACUCUUGAUCUUUCAAAUAACCUGAUGAUUCAAUUGGACAGCAAUGCCCUUAAAACAAUACAAUUUUUAAGAGUAUUGUCAAUAGAAGGAAAUCCCUGGUCCUGCGACAAGCUUACGCACGAUUUGCAGAUAUAUCUGACCCACAAGAAUAUAGAGUAUCGUGCAGUGUGCGCAAAAAGUUCGGAGCCGAAGAAAUUUGAAAAAAUGGUCAUGUACAAUCCAAGGAUUAAAUAUGAGAAGCAUCGACCAUUCGUGACUCUGAACUCGAGCGCUAAGAAAAACACGACAAAGAAACAUCCUGCCAUUGCUCGUGACACAGAAACGCCUACAUCGACGCAUGAAAAUACAAUUGCCUGUGCUAAUGCGACAGACAGGACAAGCUUUGUGAAAGCAUUGAACGCCAUAUCGCCGUACUGGUUCCUCACGGUCGGAUUUUUACUCGGUGUCGCGUGCGGCAUGUUUACUUGUUACGUUUGGCUCACAAGGAAGAUAUCUUGUUGUCGCGGAUAUCGCGAACAAACCGAUAACGAUGCUCAAAGAGUGUCGUUACUGCAGAAUCUAUGGCAAUUUGAGGAUUCUGCCGCCAACGAUAGCGCAAUAUCUUGCCCUGAUACUCCACCGCCGCCGUAUCGCGAAGUCAUGCUGCGACCGGGACUAUAUCGUAACGCAUCGGUUACAACAAAUUUAAAUAAUAAUAUUGUCACAAAUAGUACGGGAUACACUUAAGUUCUAAAAACGAUAUAUUAACGUGCUAUUCGAGUACGAAUCGAAUCGAAUCGAACAGGGUGAAAUUUCAUUCGAUUCGAAUCUGAAAAAUUAAUCUCAAAUUUAGUUGAUUCGAAUACAAACCAUAUUUCCCGUUAAUAAGCCAAACAGUAUGGUCAUGUUGAUAGGUGUAUUUAGUGGGUGCAUUCAAUACUGCUGCUCUUUGGAUUCAACCAAUUGCAGAUUUUUCGUCUAAGUGUCAGUUUCUUUGGCAUUAAAUAAAGUAUCUUUUGUUAGUUUUAUCUUAAAUAUUUAAAUAUGACGAAUUUGUAUCAAUAUCAUUUUUACACAUCAAGAUAUUCUGUUAUUACCUACGUUAAAAUUCAAUUUAUAUAAUAAUUAUUAUUUAAUGAUUCGAUUCGAAGAAGGAAAUAAAAUUCGAUUCGAUUAAUGUCGAUAUAAAACGUCCUUGAAUCGCACAUCUCUAUAUUAUCAUAUUGUUGUGCGAGUUGAUUUGUUUUAAAAUUUAAUGCAUGAAUAAGCAUGCUGCAUAUUGGCCAUAUUUAUUGUACUGUUUAGAGAUAUCAGUGUCUUGCGAAAGAUAGAAUGGUAUUGACUUUAUUACAAGUUAUACGUGUGUGUUUAUAAUAAAACUACUUUGUGCAGAGAA